UAUUUUAUAUAUAUGAGGAAUCCAAAGACGGCCUCUGUCUUUACCGGUCGGCUUCGUUUCCUCUUGCACGGCGAACGGAGAUGAAGCGUAUCAGACCGGAAAGCGCGCCACCUUCCGCCAAGAUCACCGCCAAGGCCCCGCGAAGGCAGAAGGCGUCGACGCCCAGGUCGGCUGCGGCGGGGAGGGCGCGGACGCCGGAUUCGAAGGAGAAUGCUCCACAGAAGGGCGAAGAAGGCGACAAUCACCCGGUUGCGGUCGCCGGCUCGCAGCAGGCGUCCUCUUCUCUUCCAUCUGCGCUGGCGGAGGAGGAAGCGGUGGGGUGGGGGGACGGUGCGGCGGAGCUGGGCGAGAGGUGGUGCCUGUGGGGCGUGGAGGAGGAGAAGCUCUCGGGCUGGUUCCCCUUCGUGGACGAAGACUUCCUCUGCUCCGACAGCGGGGGAGGCGAGGGGUGGUGGGGCGGCCUGCUCUGGGAAGAGGCGGACCAUGAUAUCUGGCAACUGCAACACAUCCACGAAAUCCCUCACACCGCCGCCAAAUGAUGCUGGCCUUUUGUUCUUGUUUUGGAGGGAGGGUAGGAAUCAGUGAGAAGAAGUAGAACAAGACAGGCGAGGCAAGCAACAAGAAACCGAUAAAAAUUGCUCCUUUGGAAGUGGUCUGUGGGUCUUUUGCUGUGUGUUUUAGCUUUCAAGUACAUUUGUCCACGAAUGGCGUAGGGGAGGUAAGAGACUUGCUGCAAGAAAGCAGCCUCCUUCUGCUCGCCGACUAUAGGUAUAUCGUUAUUGCAUUCGUCAUCCCUCUAUUUCUCGUGUUCUUGCACCUCUCUCUGGGAAAAUGGGAUUCCAUUUUGGGGUGCUGUGGAGCUAAGAAGGAAAUGGUGUGUUCCUGUUUCCAUCCUUCUGAUGCUUGUGCCGUCUUUCAUGUAGUUCGACGCCAUCUCAGCUCCUUGUAGCCUUGUGACCGAGUGUGUAAGUAUGCUUUCAUGUGUGUUUCAUAAGAACGAUAUCUUCUUGAAGAGUCUAA